GCCCUGCCAGUGCGUGGCUCAGCUCUCUGCUGUGUUUGCGAUGCUGAUGUGUCAGUCAGGUCAGUGAGUGGCUCAUUCAGAGCGGCAGUGGCGUGUUUGUGUUCCACCUGCAGACGGCCCGCUUUGCCGCCCCGAGGCACAUGCCGCCCAGCAGCCCCAGGAACCGCUGACCGCCCGGCACAUUCGACAGCAACAAUGCUGCAGUGCACAAACAGACAGAAACCACACACACAAACACAGAAGGAAUGACACACGCGCCAGCUGUGUGUUGUGCAUAGCAUAUUGUGGGUGGGUGGCUGGCUGACCAGCGAGGCAGAUGCACUGCGUGACCGAGAAGACCAGGGCGAAGAGGUAGGACUUGUGGACCAUGGAGGCCCAGAAGGUCAGCAACAGGGACAGGCCGUAGGUGAGCGAGAAGGGCAGCCGCUUGUACGCCACGGCGGCCUCCCAGAAGGCUUUGGGGCCUCUGAGGAAACAAAGCGACGCCAGGCAGCACAGCGACCCCACAGUGAACGGCACCGCAAACUUCUGAGGCAUUAUCACCAUCCUGAACGAACGAACGAACGAACACACAAAUCAAUCAAGACACACACAUGAGCUGGUUCCACCCCUCCCUCUCUGCUCUGUGCGCCACACGUGCGUCAUGCGCUUAGCGCUUACACAGGUAGGAAAAAGAAGGCGAGUGCCAUGAAAAAUAUUCCCAGAGCGGCGGAUAUCCCGAAGUAGAUGAGCCUGUCCGUCGAGAUCAUGUUGUCCGAUACCUUCUGCUGCGCCCCGCUGACGACACUUCUUGCCGACGUGGCGACGCUCUUGGCGCCGCUGGCCAUACUGCCGAUGCCCUUCUGCGCCAGGCCGAUGAGGCCCUGUGACUCGCCGAUGUCAUCGGUUGUCACGGGAAGGCCUGUGGCGCCCUGCCGAGUGGGCAGCUUGAUGUGUUUGCCGAUGUAGCCCAUCAUGGUGUUGCUCGUGGACUCGCCGGCGGCUGUCUGAUUGGGUGCGGCGGUGUGUGCGGAUGGGGAGGCGGCUUUGGGGUUGAUGAAGUUGAGGUUGGACGCGAAAUCGUUGAACGCCCUGCUCCCUGACGACAUAGCAACUCCCACACAACGCGCGAAGCUGCUCUUUCGAACCAGCGAAGAUAGAGCUAUU